GCCGCCCCGGCCGGCAUGAUGUGCCUGGAAUGCGCCUCGGCGGCGGCGGGCGGCGCGGAGGAGGAGGAGGCGGACGCGGAGCGGCGGCGCCGGCGCCGGGGGGCGCAGCGAGGGGCUGGAGGUGGCGGCUGCUGCGGGGCGCGGGGAGUGGGCGCCGCUGGAGUCGCGGCCGCCGACGAUGAGGUGCAGACGCUGUCGGGCAGCGUGAGGCGGGCUCCGUCCGGCCCCCCCGGCGCCCCCGGCACCCCCAGCUGCGCAGCCGCUGCCAAGGGCCCCGGCGCUCAGCAGCCCAAACCGGCCAGCUUGGGCCGCGGACGGGGGGCAGCUGCCGCCAUCCUCAGCUUGGGCAACGUGCUCAACUACCUGGACAGGUACACCGUGGCAGGCGUCCUUCUGGACAUCCAGCAGCACUUUGGGGUCAAGGACCGAGGUGCCGGCUUGCUGCAGUCAGUGUUCAUCUGCAGCUUCAUGGUGGCCGCCCCCAUCUUCGGCUACCUGGGUGACCGCUUCAACAGGAAAGUGAUCCUCAGCUGCGGCAUCUUCUUCUGGUCUGCGGUCACCUUCUCCAGCUCCUUCAUCCCCCAGCAGCACUUCUGGCUGUUGGUCCUGUCCCGGGGCCUGGUGGGCGUCGGAGAGGCCAGCUACUCCACCAUCGCGCCCACCAUCAUAGGCGACCUCUUCACCAAGAACACGCGCACGCUCAUGCUCUCGGCCUUCUACUUCGCCAUCCCGCUGGGCAGUGGCCUGGGCUACAUCACGGGCUCCAGCGUCAAGCAGGCGGCCGGAGACUGGCACUGGGCCCUGCGGGUGUCCCCCAUCGCGGGCAUGAUCACAGGCACGCUCAUCCUCAUUCUGGUUCCGGCCACCAAGAGGGGCCACGCCGACCAGCUCGGGGGGCAGCUCAAGGUGCACACGUCGUGGCUCCGCGACAUGAAGGCCCUGAUCCGCAACCGCAGCUACGUCUUCUCCUCCCUGGCCACGUCGGCCGUGUCCUUCGCCACAGGGGCCCUGGGCAUGUGGAUCCCGUUGUACUUGCACCGCGCUCAGGUUGUGCAGAAGACAGCAGAGAUGUGCAGCAACCCGCCGUGUGGGGCCAAGGACAGCCUCAUCUUCGGGGCCAUCACCUGCUUUACCGGCUUUCUGGGUGUGGCCACGGGGGCAGGAGCCACGCGCUGGUGCCGCCUACGGACCCAGCGGGCCGACCCGCUGGUGUGUGCUGUGGGCAUGCUGGGCUCUGCCAUCUUCAUCUGCCUCAUUUUUGUGGCUGCCAAGAGUAGCAUCGUGGGGGCCUAUAUCUGCAUCUUUGUUGGGGAGACACUGCUCUUUUCUAACUGGGCCAUCACCGCGGACAUCCUCAUGUACGUAGUGAUCCCCACGAGACGAGCCACGGCCGUCGCCCUGCAGAGCUUCACCUCCCACCUGCUGGGGGACGCCGGGAGCCCCUACCUCAUCGGCUUUAUCUCGGACCUGAUCCGCCAGAGCACCAAGGACUCCCCGCUUUGGGAGUUCCUGAGCCUGGGCUACGCGCUCAUGCUCUGCCCCUUCGUGGUGGUCCUGGGCGGCAUGUUCUUCCUGGCCACGGCCCUCUUCUUCCUCGGCGACCGCGCCAAGGCUGAGCAGCAGGUGAACCAGCUGGUGAUGCCGCCCGCAUCCAUCAAAGUCUGAGGCCGUGUCUCUGGGACAGCGAAGAGCCCUCACUGUCACUCUACUUGGGGGGCGUGCCACGGCACGCCGGCCCUGCCGGGCCACCUCAAAGCUUUCUGUGGGACCCGAGGCUGGCCACCCACCCUCUCUGGUCUGUGGCUGUGGAGUGGCCGUGGCUCCAAGAGGCCGUGUCCCCAACUAGCACGGAAGGCUGUGUGUGGGGGAGCCGUGCGGCUGGACAGACUCCCAGCCCCAGGGCCGGGCUGCAGACCCCCUGGGGCCCGGGACGAAGACGGCCCCCACCGGGCGUGUGGGGAGAACCUGGCCUGUCCCCGCCUUAUGGGGUCCCGGGCAAGCCUCUGCCCUCCCCAGACCGCGGGCCGAGGCGGCUGGACUUCCCUGCAUGGCAGCUUUGAAGACGCGGGGCUCCCGGACUGCGGAGAGAAGGCGGUCCAGCCUCGGGGCGGCACCUCAGGCUCGGGGACGGACUCCGGGCAGAGCCUGGCUGGUUCCCUCCAGAGGACACGGGCCUCGGCUGCCCGGCUGGCUCUCUGCCCACAGGUCCUCCCCGGUGGGGCCAUCCACCAGGGGGCUGGCAUCUCCAGGGGUGAAGGCCCUGGCGCAUCUGCACCCCACCUACGUCCCCCAGGCCUGAGCCCCGCGGCCACCCGCCUCCCCUCUCCCACCCCGGCAUCCUGGCACAGACUCCUGCCCCCAGACUGGGCCCUUCCAGGGGCAGGACCCAGGGGACUAUUCCCAGAACCUGCACGGCAGCAGCCAGGGUUCUGGCUGCAGAGGACGCAGCCACCCUGCGAGGCUUCCUGUCCCUGGCUGGGGCCGGGAGGUCGAGGCCCGCCCCACACGCAGGCCGCCCGCCGCCUGCACUCCCCCUCUCCCCGCUCCCUGCCCGGCUGCUGGAACCCAGGUGGCCGCAGGAGCCCCCGCAAGCCGCCUGGCCCAUGCCGAGCAGCUAGUGCGGCUUCAGCGGGCGCAGGCUCUGGGGCACCUACCGGGUGGGACCCCCAGCGACGUUUUCUUGUUGUGCAAGAACCAGGUCCAAGUGUUGCCUGUUCUUCCUUCCGGAAGCCAAGCCGCUCCUUUAUUUUUUAGAGCUGCUGACUGUGAAUCUCAGAGUCUUAAGAGAGAAGCCAAAUAUAUUCCUCUUGUAAAUGAAGGAAUAAACCUAUUUAAAUCA